AUGUCUGCUCCCAACCCCGGCCGCCAAUCCCCCCCUCCAGAGAGCCAAUCUGGCUCCCAGCAGCAGGAGACCCCUGGCUCUGGCAGAACCAAUGUCGGCAAACCCCCAGCACACGAGACCUCGCGGCGAUCAUCGGAGGACUACAGGGACAAUGUGCUCACAAGCAACCCCGAACACCCGCUAGAAAAGAUUGAGGCGGAGAAGUUUGCCAAGGGUAAACAACAUUGA